AUAAAAAUCUAGAAGAACCAAAUGAUCAGACGUUCCUCUCUGUGGUUUUCGCCUAGAUAAUGAAAUACGCAACAAGUUAGUCAGUUAACAAUUAAAAACAAGUUCACCCCACAGCUAACCUGGUUUAAGAUAAACCUGUUCUUCCCCAGUGAUCAGACUCCCUCCACCCCCAUGUGAGGGGGCUCUAACAUAGGGGAUUUCAGUAAUCUAAAAACAACAUAAGUGACAAUCAAUUGCUGCACAAAUUUGCUCCAAUUACCCUGCUGUGUUUAUACCCUGGGAAACGUGACCCAACAGCACGUCUCAUCUCUGCACGUCCUCCUCAGCGGUCAACCUUAAAAACACGCUGCCUCCGAAAACAAAAGUGAAAGUUACUGCAGUGACGGAGAAUUUUUUUUUGUCAAGUCGGGCUGGGACUGAUAUGCCAGAAACUACAAGAAAUUAUCAGUCUCUUUCGUAAAGAAAUGUCUGACGAAAGAAUGUCAGCGAAAUGGAGGAAGUUCUUUGUCUUCUUGGCGGGAAAAACUAAUGAUGCUCAUCUAGACUUUGUUAAAAAGUUGAGAGACGCUGGCCACACUGAGGUGCAAUCUCCUGAAGAAUGUGACUACUGUCUGGUUUUCUGUCCUAUCGCCUCACGAGUGGGAGCGGACGUCGGCGACGCCCUGGAUAGGGCUCCUGCUGGUAAACCGAUAAUUCUGGUGGUGAUGCAUUACACCUUAAGUCCUAACCAUGUUGUGGCUGACAGCAAGAAUCUGGUGGACAAACCAAAUGUCCAACUCACAGUGGAUUGUCUGUUCCAUGGGAAUGCGUUCCUCGAGUCUCCCACCAAUGGAUUCGCAUGGAAAGAAAUCCAGAGGUUUCUCAAAAUUACCCAGAAAUCUAAAGCAACUGAAAUCAUGAAUUAUAUGAAGAACCAUCUGAAAGAGAUCGCUGCAACUUUUAUUGUGGGGGCAUUGGUGAUCACUGUGAUACUCGUUAUUGUUGAAGUGACAAAAUAGUAUGGAAAAUAGCAACGGCUGUCACUAACAUGCAUGAGAAAAUCAAAAGGAAUCAGUAUCACAUUAUCACAAUAAAGGUUCAAAAUGAAGGGUCAAAAUAAAUGUGCUAUAUAUCAUGUAUGUGUGUAAAAACUUACUUACUAUUGUUGUUUCUGUAGUAUAAUUGUGAAGGCUGAUAUAAAUGUUUUUGGACUCACAAAUAUUACCUCUGAAGUACAGUACAGGGGGAAAUGAUGGAGAAAGAGUAGAUCUGCAGAUACAGGCUUAAGCAACUGGCUGAGAGUUACUUUAAAGGAUAGGCCCAUAGUUUUAAUCUUAUCUUGAAACAAUAAAAUCAUGACCAUCUGUACAGCACAUUGGGAGGGUUUUUUUUUUUUUGGCUGCUGUAAAACUAAACCAAACACAACCCCGCCCACACCAGUACAUCUUUCCCAGAAUGCGGGAAUAAAUUAGCUCCAUAAAAUGCUUCUUUAUAAAAGAAAAAUAGAUAUUUAUAUAACUGUACACCUUAUCUAUACAGCAUAAAGAGUUUACUGUCAUGCACAUGUUUAAAUGUUUGUUAGUAGAGUAACCUGUGCCUAUGCAGUUUUAAAUGAAGACAAACAUCUCUGUAAAAUAAUGACUGUUGCUUCUUUGUGCUGCUUAAAAUAUGAAGACUGUAUUGUUCAUUGAGAACAAAUAAAAAUGUAACUGUA